UGUUUGGUCCUUAUUUCUCUAAUCCCCCUUCUUCCAGUGUCUCCCUCUUAUCACCUGAUAAGACAUAUAUGGAGACAGUCUGCGCACUAUCAGUUUGGUUUUUUUUUCUUGGGAGAGUGCAUAUGAUCAGCACAGGGCCAAUCAGCACUGUCCAGACAGAGGUCAGGGGUCCUGCAAUCCUCCUAGACCAGAAAGAAAAUUCCUCAUACAAGCUUUAACCAGUGGUCUGCUAAACACUGAUAGAAGUCGCAAGGCCGCUCUAACUGCUGAUGAGAAAAAAGUAUUUAGCAGUUUGUGUUUACUAA